AUGGCAAUGACGCUGGAGGAAUUCGUUCACUCCCUUGACCUCAGGACCCUUCCCAGGGUUCUAGAAGUCCAGUCGGGCAUCUAUUUUGAAGGUUCCAUUUAUGAAAUGUUUGGAAAUGAAUGCUGUUUAUCAACAGGAGAAGUAAUUAAAAUUAUUGGUCUCAAAAUUAAGAAGAUCAUAGCUGAAAUUUGUGAGCACAUUGAGGGUUGUGAACGUCCGCAACCAUUUGAGCUGCCUAUGAAUUUUCCAGGUCUUUUUAAGAUUGUGGCUGAUAAAACUCCAUACCUUACUAUGGAAGAAAUUACGAGGACCAUUCAUAUUGGAUCAAGUAGACUAGGGCAUCCUUCCUUCUAUCAUCAGAAGGAUGUAAAACUAGAAAAUCUCAUUAUAAAGCACGGUGAGCAAAUCAUGCUCAACUCAGUUGAAGAGAUCAAUGGAGAAAUAAUGGUGAACUGUGGAGUGGUAAGGAAUCAUCAAAAUCACUCAUUUACCUUGCCUUUGUCACAAGAAGGAGAAUUCUAUGAGUGUGAAGAUGAACAUAUUUAUACCCUAAAGGAGAUUGUCGAAUGGAAGAUACCCAAGAACCGAACACGAACUGUGAAACUUACAGGUUUUUCAAAUAAGUGGGAUUUAACAAAUCCAUUUCCUAAAGGCUUUUACGGUGCUCUGAUUCUCAAGCCUGUUUAUGAAAUUCAAGCUGUGAUGAAAUUCCGAAAGGACAUAGUCCGCAUCCUCCCCAGUUUAGAUGUUGAAGUCAAAGACAUUACUGACAGUUAUGAUGCCAACUGGUUUCUUCAGCUAUUAUCUACACAAGAGCUCUUUGAAAUGACCAGUAAAGAGUUCCCCAUAGUGGCUGAAGUCAUAGAGGCACCUCAAGGAAACCAGCUGCCCAGAAGCAUUUUACAGCCUGGGAAAACCAUUGUGAUCCACAAAAAGUAUCAGGCAUCGAGGAUCUUAGCUUCAGAAAUUCGAAGCAAUUUUCCUAAAAGGCACUUCUUGAUCCCCACUAGCUAUAAAGGCAAAUUCAAGCGGCGACCUCGGGAGUUCCCAACUGCCUAUGACCUUGAGAUAGCAAAGAGCGAAAAGGAGCCUCUCCAUGUGGUGGCCACCAAAGCCUUUCAUCCCCUUCAUGAUGAGCUGUCAUCUGUAUCUGUCGGGGACCAGUUUCUAGUGCAUCACUCACAGACGACUGAAGUCCUUUGUGAGGGAAUCAAAAAAGUGGUGAAUGUUCUGGCCUGUGAAAGAAUCCUCAAAAAAUCCUAUGAGGCAGCACUGCUCCCUUUAUACAUGGAAGGAGGUUUUGUAGAGCUGAUUCAUGACAAGAAACAGUACCAGAUUUCUGAGCUCUGUUCGCAGUUCCACUUGCCUUUCAAUGUGAAGGUAUCUGUGAGAGAUCUUUCCAUUGACGAAGACAUUUUGGCUGCUACACCAGGACUGCGGUUGGAGGAAGCCAUCACAGACUCUUACCUACUCAUAAGUGACUUUGCCAACCCCAAGGAGUGCUGGGAAAUUCCUGUCAGCCGCUUAAAUAUGACUGUUCAGUUAGUUAAUAGUUUUUCUAAGGACACAAAAUCAUUUCUAGUCAGGACUCUGGUUGAAGAGAUCACUGAAGAACAAUAUUACAUGAUGCGAAGAUAUGAAAGCUCUUUCUCCCACCCCCCACCUCGCCCUCCCAAACAUCCCGCAGUGGAGGAAACAAGGUUAACCCUGCUCACCUUGGCAGAAGACAGGGCCAUAGGUCUGCCUAAGUCUCCCAAGAGUCUCCAUGUAGACAAGAAACUGCACUCAAAUCAAGCUGGCCUGGAUUCAAAAGUACCAGUUGGUUGUCAAAAUGAUUCGGCCGAUCUGGAGAAAGAGAAAAGCAAGAGUGGGGCAACUGUCUUAGCAGCCACCAAUGUAACCACAGAAAUCUCCAAAAGUAAAAAACAUCAAAAUUGCGCACUUCACUGCAUGGGUUUGAUAAAACAAGAGAAUGAUAAGAACAAGUUUCAGAGUAAUUUUAACCCCAGGGUAAAAGUUGAAGAGGGAUUGGGACGGGAACCUAAGGGCCUUCAAAGAACUCAAAAUGGGUAUAUGAAAGAGGCCAACAAAAAUGAAGAUGCAGCAACGAAAUGGAAGAUGGCAGGACCGGCGGUGAAAUUUGAGUGA